UGGGCAUGAUGUCCGCUGGCCCGACAGCUAUGCGAAUGUCCAGUGUGUCUAUAGGAACUUUAUACGUUAAUUCAGUGAUUUGACGGAGGAAAGAAAAGUAAACAUGGUUGCCAUAAGCCCAGUGGCGCACAAACUACUAAACUACGUUCCUUUUUUACUAGUUUUGAUCGAUCUUCGAUACGAAGGGGUUAAUGGAGGGAAGGAUGGUGGUGUUGAGAAUCAUCUGGAGAUGGGGAAGAAGCUUCUGGCCGCUGGACAGCUGGCAGAUGCUCUCUCUCACUUCCACGCUGCUGUUGAUGGUGACCUCAAAAAUUACAUGGCGUACUAUAGGAGAGCAACUGUGUACCUUGCCAUGGGAAAGUCAAAAUCUGCAUUACCAGACCUGAGCAAAGUCAUCGAACUUAAACCAGACUUCACAUCGGCGAGGCUUCAGAGAGGAAACCUACUGCUGAAACACGGCAAACUUGAUGAAGCAGAAAGGGAUUUAAAAAAAGUGCUCAAAUCAAACCCAAGCAGCAGGGAAGAGCAGGAGGCACAGAGCCAGCUGAAGAAAUCUGAUGAAAUUCAGAGACUGGUGGGCCAGGCACAGAGCGAUUUCACCCGCAGAGACUACGGCUCUGCUGUAUCACACCUCGACAUUAUCAUUGAUACGUGUGUUUGGGAUGCGGACUCCAGAGAGAUGCGGGCAGAGUGUUUCGUUCAGUUGGGUGAAAUGGGCAAAGCCAUCAGUGACCUCAAGGCUGCUUCAAAACUAAAAAGUGACAACACUCAGGCUUUCUACAAGCUCAGCACCAUCUAUUACAACCUGGGAGACCAUGAGAUGUCCCUCAAUGAGGUGAGGGAGUGUCUGAAACUGGACCCAGAUCAUAAACAGUGCUUCAGCCACUACAAGCAAGUUAAGAAGCUCAACAAACAGAUACAAGCUGCUGAGGAACUGAUCCAGCAGCAAAUGUACAGCGAUGCAGUUAGUAAAUAUGAGUCUGUUAUGAAGACUGAACCAAAUGUUCCUCAAUUCAUACUUAAUGCCAAAGAACGCAUGUGCCACUGUUUGUCAAAGGACCAACAAACUGCCAAAGCCAUCUCAGUGUGCAGUGAAGUUCUGAAAGCAGACCCUCCGAAUGUGAAUGCUUUAAAAGACAGAGCAGAGGCCUACCUCCAGGAUGACCAGUAUGAAGAGGCCAUUAAGGACUUUGAGAGUGCUAAAGAACAUAGUGAGAACGACCGGCAGAUCAAGGAGGGUCUGGAAAGAGCACAGCGGCUCAUCAAACAGUCCCAGAAGAGAGAUUACUACAAGAUCCUGGGUGUAAAGAGAACCGCCCAAAAGAAAGAGAUCCUGAAAGCAUACAGAAAGCUGGCGCAGCAGUGGCAUCCAGACAAUUUCCAGGAUGCAGAAGAAAAGAAAAAGGCAGAGAAGAAGUUCAUAGACAUCGCUCAAGCCAAAGAAGUUCUCACCGAUCCAGAGAUGAGGAGUAAGUUUGAUCAGGGCGAGGACCCCAUGGAUCCAGAGAGUCAGCAGGGUGGGGGGCAUCACCACCACCACUUCCACGGUGGCUGGGAAAACUUCCAGGGAUUCAAUCCUUUCGGUUCUGGACCUUUUAAUUUCAAAUUCAAUUUCAACUAAGGCUCGGCUGAAUAGACCUAGGGCCUGGAUAUGUGCUGGAGUCAGCCUAUAGGAACUGGCACCUUCUGAACCCACCCACAGGCACGGCUUGCCUUCAAACACCGAUCUCACGCUAUCAAGUGAUCCCGUUUGCUAACGGUCAUUGUUCAAAGCAGCUCCUAUACUUUCAGGGAUCUUACAAUCCAGAGCGCAAGGUUAAUAAUCAAGUAAAGUCUGUGAGCGCUGACCUUUUCAUUCCCAAGAAUAAUAUGUACAUAGAAAACAAUGCUAUUUUUCUGUGAAUCAAACUAUGCUGUAAAUAAGGAAAUAAAGAGAUAUGAAUGCUUAUUUAAAUUAACAUGACUUUUUGGUCUGUUUUUACGAUGACUGAAGAGCAUAGCGGUGUUUGAUUAAACAAAUUUGUGCACUCAAAUGCUUUUAACAUUAAAAUGAAUGAAUUUAAAUCACCCAGUGUAUCAUAAAAGACUUGUACCCCCUUUCAGAAUAAAAAUCACUUUAUUCCUGAGAAAAUCCACAUCUUUGAACAUCAAGGCAUAGAAACAAAUGUGUACAGAGUCAAUGAUGUAAUAUAAAUAAAACUGGGAAUGUAAAGGAUCCGUCUCAGUAAUUGGGAUACAGAGACAGUUUUAGAGAAUGGAUCUGCAGAGCUGACUUUGACAGCAAUGAAUAUGGGAAUUUGAUUUCCCCCCCCCACAGUAGUUUACAGUUGUAUGGUUUAUUCUGGAAAUAUACUGUAUAUCUUAGAGAGCUCUACUUGGUAGUGUUCAGACUUUCAAUGGUAAUUUAAAAGUGAAUUUGUUAGUGAGACAUUUGUUUUAAAUCAACAAUUUGCAAUCACAGAUACCUUUCAUUUACAAACACUGACUGUUAAAAUAUGAUGACAGAAUAUUUACUGAAACUGUUACAAAAAAGGCCAUGUGGAGUGAACUGUGAAACUGUAUAAACAUCUAUAAUCUUAUCUGAAGGAAUGUACACACUAUUGACAUGUUUGUCCCUUAUAAAUAUACACCGCACUGGUGUAAUUACACUGUAAUUUCAUAAACUGGCCAAACAUAUCAGAUAACGCUGCAAUUGCUUGAAAUCUUUUUGUAAAUUAUAUAUAAAAA